AUGGCCACCAACCCUAUCGCACCGCCCCUCUGCCUGACUUUCGCCAGGUGUCUAAUGACACGGCCACUGAGCGGCCCGGGAAACACACGGACACCUGGAAACCAAGCCCCGAAGGACAAGGAGACGAGCGCCUCACGUGACUAG